CUUUAAAUAAAGAAAGCCUCCAUCAAAGAGUUGAGAGAGAAAAAAAAUAUUGAAUCAAAAGGUUUGUAAUGGCGGCAGAUAAGUUUUCAGUUUCAGUGAUUGAUCUAGUGAAUUACCUCCCGAUGGAGAUGAAAAGGCUUGCGGCAGCCGUAACCGAGUUUGGUUGUUUUCGGGUUGUAAAUCAUGGGAUUCCAACAACUUUAAUUGCAGAUAUUAGGGCCACCAUCCGUUCACUGUUUCAGAAGCCCAUAGAGGUAAAGCUCCACAACACUGAAAAAAUUAUCUCAGGCUCCGGUUAUGUUGCAAUGAAUGCUCAGCCCGAUAUGACACAGUUCUUUGAGUCUUUUGGCAUCUACGACGCAGCAUCAUACGAAGACGUUCAAACCUUUUGCUCCUUACUGAACGCGUCUCCAAGCCAACGAGAAAUUAUUAGUGAAUAUGCUUCAAAACUCCAUAGCCUAAGUAUGGACAUAGCUUCUAAAAUAUCAGACUGUUUGGGUGUGGUGGAUUUCUCAUUUCAAGAGUGGCAUGGCCUCUUAAGUCUACACAACUAUAAGUUUACAAAAGAGUCAAUCGGUUCUGUUGCAGCGGUUGCUCACACAGACUCUAGCUUUGUCACCAUCAUCCAAGAGGAUGGAAAUGUUGGUGGCCUUGAGAUUAUUGGAUCAACAGGCAAUUUUGAGACAAUCGAUCCUGUAUCAGACAGCUUUUUCAUUAUUGUUGGUGACAUGGGAACGGUAAUUUCAUAAGUAAUUCCAUUAGU